AUGUUAUCAAGUAUAGAAAAUGCCAAUAUAAACAUCCAAUAUUUAUCAACUGUUGAUUCCCUGUCAACUAUUGGACACAGCUUUCGUGUUGGUUUUUCAACAGUUAGUAAAAUAAUUGUAGAAGUAUGUGAAGCUAUAAUCAAGAUAAUGGGACCAAUGUUUAUGCCUGAGCCUACUACAGCAAUUUGGGAAGCUUCGGCUCGCGGUUUUUACGAGAAAUGGCAAUUCCCAAAUUGUAUCGGUAGUGUUGAUGGGAAACACGUUACCAUCAAAUGUCCGGAUAAUAGUGGAUCUAGAAAUUUUUGUUAUCUUAAAAAAUUUUCAGUUGUUUUGAUAGCGAUUGUAGAUCCAGAUUAUAAAUUUAUUUGUAUUGAUGUUGGAGGUUACGGACGAAAUUCUGAUGGAGGCAUUUUAGAAGAGUCUGUAAUGGGUAAACGGCUGGAAGCCGGGAAUUUAAACGUUCCAAAAGUAUACCAUUACCUGGUCAAGAGGAAAAUACCCCAAUGGUUCUUAUCGGAGAUGAAGCUUUUGCUUUAA